AAAUAUACAGUAAGAAAUCACUAGUUAAUAGAUUACAUAUUGUCAUCUUAGAAAUAGUUGUUCAAAUUACAAAAUUAAGGCAUACAAAGUGGACAUUCAAACAGUGAGAUUGCAAACAGUUCUGUUCAAUGAUCCAACAAAAACUUAGUAAUAUGGUUUUCUAUCUUACACUCUUAAAUAUACAUGCAGUUAUAUCCUUUAGAUCACUUUCUUUUCCUCUCUUUUUUACAAUAACAAUUACACAUAGCAUAUAACAUUUCUGGUAACUGUAGAAAUACGAAAGUUAGACUAACACAUGAUUUUUAUUUAAUUAGAACACUGUUACUCCCUAUGUUCUGUUUAAGUCAUGUUAUAAGAGAAAUUAUUACAGUAGCCUAAUCGAGUAUGCUAAAAGGAACUGUAAUACAACAGUUACAAAUUUUUAAAGAAAUAUUGAACAUUAAAUUUUCAAAGAUUUUAAAACUGCAAGCGAACGCAUGGUGGCGCUGUUGACUAAAAAAAGCAAAUUUGCUAACCCUACUCCUGAAGUACACACGGAUCUACUGCAGUAAACUAGGGUCUGUGAGCCUGGGCAGAUUUUUAAACAAGCAAAUCUGAGCCUCUGGAAGGGACUAUUUUCCAGGCUUCGGCGUAAAAGCCUUUUCGCUACCCAGUAGUGUCUGAGGUUCGACUUGACGAUAUUCCUUGGAAGAACAUGGUAGACUGUACAAUGGAGACAAGAAAGGAGCACUUUCUUAAACAAAGGCAAGUCUUGCUUCUCUUUGUUUUACUGGGUGGGUCUCUGGCUGAUUUCGCGUCGAGAAGUUAUUCCGUGGCUGAAGAAAAUGAGAGGGGUUUUUUAAUAGCGAAUCUAGCAAAAGAUUUGGGAGUAGGGGUAGAGGAACUGGCCACAAGGAAUACCCAGGUUGUUUCCAAAGGGAACAAACUGCUUUUUCACUUCAGUCAUCAAACUGGUGACUUAUUUCUGAGUAACAAAUUGGACCGGGAGGAGUUAUGUGGUCCCACUGAGCCGUGUAUACUGCAUUUUCAGAUAUUACUGCAUAACCCACUGCAAUUUAUUACAAAUGAACUCAGGGUCAUAGAUGUAAACGAUCAUUCUCCGGUAUUCUUUGAAAAUGAAAUGCAAGUAAAAAUCCUAGAAAGCUCUUCACCAGGGACAGUCAUUUCCUUGGGAAAUGCUGAGGACUUAGAUGUGGGAAGAAACAGUCUUCAAAACUACACGAUCUCUCCUAAUGCUCACUUCCACGUUCUUACACGCAGUCGGAGGGAUGGAAGGAAGUACCCAGAAUUGGUGUUAGACAAAGCACUGGAUCGGGAGGAGCAGCCCGAGCUCAGCUUAACGCUCACGGCGCUGGAUGGAGGCUCACCUCCACGGUCGGGGACAGCCCAGAUUCAAAUCCUGGUCUUAGACAUAAAUGACAAUGCCCCAGAAUUCAAACAGUCACUCUAUGAGGUUCAGAUUCUUGAGGACAGAACUAUUAAUUCUGUCAUUCUCACAGUAUCGGCUUCUGAUUUAGAUACAGGAACUUUUGGAGCAGUGUCAUAUUCAUUUUUUCAUGCUUCUGAAGAAGUUCUCAAAACUUUUCUAUUAAACCCAAUUACUGGUGAUAUACUACUAAUCAAAUAUUUGAAUUUUGAAGCAAUUAAUACUUAUGAAGUCGACAUAGAGGCUAAAGAUGGUGGAGGUCUUUCAGGAAAAUCCACAGUCAUAGUUCAAGUGCUUGAUGUGAAUGACAACGCACCAGAACUGACCUUGUCCUCAGUCAACAGUCCUAUCCCUGAGAACUCUGGAGAGACUGUGGUGGCUGUUUUCAGUGUUUCAGAUCCAGACUCUGGAGAAAAUGGAAAAAUGAAGUGUUCUGUGCCGAAUAAUCUCCCUUUCCUGCUGAAACCAUCCGUAGAGAAUUUCUACACACUUGUGACAAACACAGCUUUGGACAGAGAGACCACAGCCGAGUACAACAUCACCAUCACCGUCACCGACCUGGGGACGCCCAGGCUGAAAACCCAGCACACCAUCACCGUGCUGGUCUCCGACGUCAACGACAACGCCCCCACCUUCACCCAAAGCUCCUACACCCUCUCGGUGCCCGAGAACAACAGCCCCGCCCUGCACAUCGGCAGCGUCAGCGCCACAGACUCAGACUCGGGCACCAACGCCCAGCUCACCUACUCGCUGCUGCCGCCGCCCCACGACCCGCUCCCGGGCCUCGCCUCGCUCGUGUCCAUCAACGCCGACACCGGCCAGCUGUUCGCGCUGCGGGCGCUGGACUACGAGGCCCUGCGCGCCUUCGAGUUCCGCGUGCGCGCCACCGACCGCGGCGCGCCCCCGCUCAGCGGCCAGGCGCGCGUGCGCGUGCGCGUGCUGGACGCCAACGACAACGCGCCCUUCGUGCUGCACCCGCUGCAGAACGCGUCCGCGCCCUGCACCGAGCUGCUGCCCCGCGCCGCCCAGCCCGGAUACCUGCUCACCAAGGUGGUGGCGGUGGACGCCGACGCGGGCCAGAACGCCUGGCUGUCCUUCCAGCUGCUGCAGGCCAGCGAGCCCGGGCUGUUCAGCGUGUGGGCGCACAGCGGCGAGGUGCGCACCGCCAGGCCGCCGGGCGAGCGCGACGCGCCCAGGCAGCGGCUGCUCGUGCUGGUCAGGGACAACGGCCAGCCGCCGCUGUCGGCCAGCGUCACGCUGCACGUGCUGCUGGUGGACGGCUUCUCGCAGCCGCACCUGCCUGGGCCCGAGGCGGCGGCCGAGCGCGCGCAGGCCGACCCGCUCACCGGCCCCCUGGUGGUGGCGCUGGCCUCGGUGUCGUCGCUCUUCCUGUGCUGGCUGCUGCUCUUCGUGGCGCUGAGGCUGUGCGGGAGGAGCGGGCGGGCCGCGCUGCCUGGCUGCCCUGCGCCCGAGGGCCCCUUUCCGGGCCAGCUGCUGGACGUCAGCGGGGCGGGCACGCUGGCCCACAGCUACCAGUAUGAGGUGUGUCUCACUGGAGACUCUGGGACUGGUGAGUUCAAAUUCCUGGAGCCUUUUUCCCCCAACCUCCCACCCCAGAGUGCUGGGGCAGAAACAGAAGGAAACGUUGCUGUCCGGAACAGUUUUGGGUUCCAGUAGUGGACUGAUUAUGAUGCUAUGUUUUCUGCCGUUUAUUCCUAAAUGACUCAGCUAUAGAAGUGUUAGGGAGAAACAUUUCACCUUUAGAUAUAGCUUUGAUUUUUCUCUUAUAAGGGAUUUAUGCAUUGAAUUUUUACCUUUCAGUUUAUAAAAUUCAAUUGUAAUUUUUUAGUGUAAUGCUAGGGAUACAACCUGUGGCUUAGUAUAUUUGUGUUUUAUAAUUGAACUGUCCCUGGCUCAAGGCUACUUCAGUGUGCUUCUUUACAUGUUAUCGUCCCAAAUCAGCGUCAUAGGGACCCUGGCCCACAGCUACCAAUAUGAGGUGUGUCUCACUGGAGACUCUGAAACUGGUGAGUUCAAAUUUUUGAAACCAAUUAUCUCCAAUAACCUACUUCAAGACACUGAAGAGGACUGUUGCAAAAUAUCAAUUACAGAAAUAAUUUAUGUUUCAUUAGGAUCGGAAGGUAGUGUUUCUCUAUGGAUGUAUUUCCUUUUAUUCAAAAAUCUUUAGUUCAGUAUUGAACAGUGUUUUAAUAUAUUUUUAUUUUUAUGUAGUUACAUGUUAAUUCAUGUUCUUGUUUUCAUCUGUUUGCUGUGUUCUCAUGGAAUCAUAAUGUCUCUUUUUCUUUUACUAAUAUGAGAACAAAAUUUAUUACCUAUAAUGUAAUGUUUUCAAAGAUGUGUAGGAAUGUGUUUCAAAUUCUGUAUUUCAAGGCAAACUCAACAGAGUUUGAAAGCACUACUUUUAUGUUAUCUUGUUGAAUAUAUCUGUACAAUACGCAUUAUUGUAUCCCUAAAGCAGUUUUGCACAUCAUUAUUGAAGUUGUUAUAAAUGUGCUUUCUUUAAGUUAUAGUAAUUCACGAUCUCUUUUGGCAUAGCACUCAAAUAAAAUAUUUAAUUCA